AAGUGAGGAAGCGGAAGUAGUGAAGCGGAAGUUUGGGACUGGCGCCCAGAGCCAGAGCCGACUCUUUGACGGUUGGAGACGGGGACAGGAUGGCUGAUGAGGAGGAGGAUCCUACUUUUGAGGAAGAUAAUGAAGAUGCAGGAGGUGGAGCAGAUGGUGGACAGGGUAAAAGGAAAAGACUUUUCUCAAAAGAAUUAAGGUGUAUGAUGUAUGGCUUUGGUGAUGACCAAAAUCCUUAUACAGAAUCAGUGGAUAUUCUAGAAGAUCUUGUCAUAGAAUUCAUCACUGAAAUGACUCACAAAGCAAUGUCUAUUGGACGACAAGGUCGAGUGCAAGUUGAAGAUAUUGUCUUUUUGAUUCGAAAGGACCCAAGGAAGUUUGCCAGAGUUAAAGACUUGCUUACUAUGAACGAAGAACUGAAACGGGCUAGAAAAGCAUUUGAUGAAGCAAACUAUGGAUCCUGACAUCUUUUAUGUUCUCCAAAGUUGCACUGUCUUCUAGAACAAAUGUGUGUGUACUAGAACUGUGUAUUUUUCACCUUGCCAAAAAAUGAAAGGUCCUGAAAUAAUUUAAGUACUUCUUACAAUUACCUUAUUGUCUACAUGCAAUUGACCCUAUAAAUGAAGAAUGGAGCACUUCAUUGCUGCCUUUACUUUGACUUCGUGGAUUCUAAAAGUGGUAUUUAGGUAUUAAAUUGCCUGUCUUUCUUUUUGAUACUUGAAAUUGCUCAUUGAUUUUAAUGACAGCAUGGAAGAAGCUAAAAUCCUCUGAAAACCAUGCAAAUCAUCCUAUUUUUCUGAGGUGAUAAAGAUAAUUUAAACUAAUUAGUAUUUAUGUUUUGGUCUCCUUUUUGCUACUGAAUUUUAUAACAGUUUGAUAUGUGAAAUCUAAAUAUUAAUCCUUUUGGUUUUGCAAUUCAUAAAACAGAUUUUUUGAUUACUUUCAAUCUCUCAGACAGAUAAUGGUUUUAUGGGUUGCAACAGGAAACUGUUUUCCAUGCUCUGUUUUGGGGUAUAUUUAUAAAGUAUUCUUGGUUCUCUUAAAGGAAAAGAGGGAAAGUUCUAGAUUUUUUGCUUACAGAUUAGAUUCUUUUGCAUAAGAUUAGAUUUCUUAAAAGAAAUAAUUUGUUUUUAUUUCUUUCAUUGGAUAGCAAAAGUAAUUUUUCUUUGUGAAAGUUCCUUUUCCCUUUCAGAAUUCCAUGUGAAAACUUAAGGUAAUUUGAGAGCUUUUUUUGGUUCUUAUUAAAAAUCUUUUGAGCCUACUAGAUUCAUUGUUUGAGUUUCCUCUACAGAAAGGAUUUAAAUUCUAAGACAUUUAAAGGAGUUCAAAUGCAGACACUCUAAAUUUUAGUAAAAAUGGCUGUAUUUUAAAUUUUGUUUUAAGAACUUUGUUCAUUGUGGUAAUAUCUGCCAGCACCUACACAUGUGACUUUAGGUAUUGCUAUUAUAGCUCAGGAUAUGGAAGUUUUGUGUGUAUUUAACCAUAAUGUAUUAAAUUAUUAUUGUUUAUACUAUUAUUAAUUUAAUAUUAGAAUUGAAAAAAGUUAGGGAAUCAUUGAAAAAUUCUUUUUUUAUGUAAAACUAUACUUUUUGGUGUUGGUUGUGAACAACCUAUUAAUCAAUAUUUGGGAAAUUCUGCUAUCUUGAUUUUUUUUAAUAUUAAAAAUAAAACCAUCAAUGAAAAUUAAGCAAGUUAAUGGUUGAAAUCCAAAGUAUGAUGUUUGAUGUUUCUGUGUUGUUUGUACAUUCCUGUGGAUGUAUUAUAUCUUAUUCUUUAAGAAGUUUCUUUUUUUCUAGCCCAUUGCUAUAUUACUGAUCACUAUAAUGGCUUACAUUUAUAUAGCAUUUUAUAGUUACGAAACAGAUAUCUCAUUAUAGUCUCCAACAGUUCCUUUGUUACGAAGAAGACUGAAAAUUAGGCCAAGAGAUUUGGCUGAGGUCAUGUGAUAAUACAGCCACAAAACUGGGAUUAGAACCCUGGUUGUCUGAUGACUCCUGAUUCAAUUCUAUUUCCGUUCCCAAUCAUUUUUUCAAUUGAUUACCCCUCAAAUAAGGAUUUUGCUCAUUAUAGUGUUUAUGCCUCUUGUGGAGAUAUAAAUGUUAACUACUGUGACCAAUGUAAAUAAUUAUGUUUUCCACAGGUUUCUGCAUGCACUUUAAGGUUAGGACUCUAAGCAAAUAGAUGAUACUUAGUAAAUCCUAAAUGCUGUGGUAUUUGCCUUCUUUCUCAUCAGGAAUGAUUCUGGGCACCUAAGAGGUUGAAGCAAGUGUACUAGAGUAGGUCAUAUUUAAUAAGUCCUUACAGUUUACAAAGGUGCUUUCCUUUACAACAGACUUUCUAAAUUAGGUAGUAAAGUGUUUUUCCCUGCUUUGUAAGUGAGAAAAUUGAGACCAGAUUACACUGUUUAAUAUCAGAACCAGGCUUUUUGAUUUCCAAGUCCAGAAUAUUCACACCACCAUAUAACAUAUAGAUUGUGAGUCCCUUAAGGGCAGGAACUAUUUCAUUUUUGUCUUUGUAUUCCUAUGACUGGCUCAUAGAAGGUGCUUAAUAAAUGCUUAUGAAUAGCC